AUGUCCAAGGUCCCCAUCAUCUCCUCAAUCACUCACAGAUUCGUCAUGGGCACCUUCUUCAACCAGUUUCUUGGCGGAGAAACGACUGAAGAAUGCAUCCCAAAGAUCAAGGCGCUUCGCCAAGAAAACAUCGGUACUCUGCUCGGCUACAACAUCGAAGCUGAACUCGGCGGCUCCAGCAAGGAUCCCGACCUAAUCCUCGCCCAGACCCAGCAUGUGUUCUCCUCCAUCGAGGCGCAGGGGAGACUUGCAAGAGAGUUUUGGCCAGAUACCGCCGCCACCGGAGGCGACAACAGAUGCUGGGUCAGGAUCAAGAUCACCGGCCUUUUACCUCAUCCUAUUGCGCUGUACAACGGUUCCAAGGCAAUUCUGGCUGCGAGAGGCGCAAAGGGUUUGGAUGAGAAUGUUCCGUAUCCAGGCCUGCCCCACGACGGCGACUGGGACGCCGCGCUGAAUGGCCAAGGCGUCACUCAAAGUGACCGUGAGCAGCUCCUCAGGCUCCGAGCCACCAUGGAAGCCAUCGCAGGCAAGGCACGAGAUAACAACGUGCGCAUCGUCAUUGACGCGGAGCAGACCUGGUACCAGCCAGUCAUUGAUGCUCUCACGGACGAGCUGAUGCAGAAAUACAAUGCCUUCGAUGGCGGUCCAGCGACCUGCAUCGCCUCGUUUCAAGCCUACCUGCGACGCUACCCGCAACUUCUUGACCAACAGAUUCAGCGCGCGGAGGAGAAGGGUUACAAGCUGCUCUUCAAGCAGGUAAGGGGGGCGUACAUGGUGACCGAGGCAGAGAGGUGGGAGAAGGAGGGUCACAAAGGGCCGGGUGCGGUAUGGUCAACCAAGGAAGAGACAGAUGCGAGCUACAACUACGGCAUUGAGAAGGCGCUCUCGACCAUUGGGGAACAAGUGCGCCAGACAGGGGCUUCUAGAUUAGGGGCGGUCUUUGCCACGCACAACUCCAUCAGCGUCGAUCUCGGGAUUCGAUUGCUGGAGAAUUACGGGCUGGCCAAGCGGCAGGAAGAGAGUGGGAAGCUCCUGCUUUCGAAGGAGGCGGCGGGAAGCAUUGCUUUUGCUCAAUUAUACGGAAUGAAGGACGACCUCACGAAUAAGAUCACUGGAUCUAUUGAAGCGCCGGGAGGCUUCGUGCUGGUUGUCAAAUCCAUGAGCUAUGGCGACCUGCGCGAGUGUCUGCCCUUUCUCGCCAGGAGAGCGACCGAAAACAAGGCGGUUCUUGAGGGGAGAGGUGGUGCAAUGGCAGAGAGAGUCCGACUGGGGCGUGAAAUUAGAAGACGGUUUACUCCUCUGAAUUAG